AGACUGUUAAACAAUAAAUCGCUCUUCUUUAUUUUUUUUUGUUGGUUUAUAAAUAAAAAAUUAAAUUUUAACCGUUCCGUGUGUCGUGUGUUGUGUGUCAUAAGUGCGUGCAAAAUUGAUUUACAAAUUCCAACUAUUUGUUACACAUGAAAUGUAUGAGCGAAAUGCAUUAGCAGCCACUAUUACGACGGGCCUGGCUAUGAUGGACGGCUUGUUUAAAUAAUAAUAGAAAGUGAAGAGAGAACAGGAAUAAAAGCAACAACAAUAACAACAACAAUGCACUGCCAACAGCUGUUUAACUAAGCGAGCGAGCGAGCGAGCAAAAGUAAGAGGCCGCGUGAGAGAGAGAGAGAGCGAGAAAACAACAGGAAACCUUCAACUACCGGCAAAACCUCAAUAAGCACAAAAACAAAAACAAACCAAACCAAACCAAACCAAACUACAUAAAAAGGAACCGAAAAAGAACUGAUAAAAUUAAGUGGAAUCAGCUGAUAGAACAAAAAAAUUUCAAAACAUGUACCGAAUUGGACCAAUCGGACGGAAAUCGAACUUCCAUUCAAGAGAGAAAUGUCUAAUUGGACUCGUUCUAAUCACCCUGUGCUUCCUAUGCUUCGGUGGCAUAUUCCUCCUGCCCGAUAACUUUGGCAGCGAUCGGGUCCUGCGCGUCUAUAAGCAGAUACAAAAGGCCGGACCGGAAAUAUUCAUUCCAGCCCCACCGCUGGCAACGGAUCACGGCGGUGGUCAUGGCCAGCCACAUGGACGUUCCGAAGAUCAGGCUGCACGUUAUUUGGGCGAUCGUCAGAGAUUAGAACAAAAGAUACGUGCCGAGUUGGGUGACAUUCUGGAUGAGCCACCAGUGGCAAAUGCACAGGGGGCAGGUGGUGCGCCUCCGGCUCCAGCCGGUAGCAAUGCUGGUGAGAUGCAGGCGCCCGCUCCGGCUGUAGAUGAUCAGCAGAUUGGCGAUUCAGUUCUAGAUGAUACAAAUCAUGUGGCCAUUCCUGUAUUAGCUGCACCGGUCUCAAAUGGAGAUUCUCCUCUCGUUUCCACCCACAACAACAAUAAUAACAAUUCACCAUUGGCAUCAUCAUCAUCAUCGCAAUCUCAAUUGCAAUUACCGAUGGGUGGCGGAGGCAACGCUGAGGCAGCGGAUACUCUAGAUGUCACACUGGAUGAGAAGCGUCAAAAAGUUAAAGAGAUGAUGAAACAUGCGUGGCACAAUUAUAAACUGUAUGCUUGGGGCAAAAAUGAAUUGCGUCCCCUGUCACAACGACCGCAUUCCGGUAGUAUUUUUGGCUCUUAUGAUCUGGGUGCCACAAUAGUCGAUGGACUCGAUACUCUUUAUAUCAUGGGUCUGGAACGUGAGUACAAAGAGGGACGUGAUUGGAUUGAGAGGAAAUUCUCGUUGGAUAACAUAAGCGCCGAAUUGAGUGUAUUCGAAACGAAUAUACGAUUCGUUGGCGGUAUGCUAACCCUAUAUGCCUUCACCGGGGAUCCGUUGUAUAAGGAAAAGGCUCAGCAUAUUGCUGAUAAGCUAUUACCUGCCUUCCAAACGCCCACUGGCAUCCCGUAUGCUCUAGUCAAUACCAAAACGGGCAUGGCCAAAAACUAUGGCUGGGCCUCCGGUGGCAGUUCGAUUCUCUCUGAAUUUGGUACGUUGCAUCUGGAAUUUGCCUAUUUGAGUGAUAUCACAGGAAAUCCAUUAUAUCGCGAACGUGUCCAGACCAUACGACAAGUCCUCAAAGAGAUUGAGAAACCAAAGGGACUAUAUCCCAAUUUCCUUAAUCCCAAGACCGGCAAAUGGGGUCAAUUGCACAUGUCGCUGGGUGCUUUGGGUGACAGUUAUUAUGAAUAUUUGCUUAAGGCUUGGCUGCAAUCGGGACAAACCGAUGAGGAGGCACGCGAGAUGUAUGACGAGGCAAUGCUUGCCAUAAUGGAUAAAAUGGUGAGAACCAGUCCCAAUGGCCUGACUUAUGUUUCGGACUUGAAAUUCGAUCGUUUAGAGCAUAAAAUGGAUCAUUUGGCAUGCUUUUCGGGUGGACUUUUUGCAUUGGGCGCUGCCACACGACAGAAUGAGCAUACCGAUAAAUAUAUGGAGGUGGGUAAGGGCAUAACGAAUACCUGUCACGAAAGUUAUAUACGUGCACCCACUCAGCUGGGACCCGAAGCCUUUAGAUUCAGUGAUGCAGCCGAGGCACGGGCAUUGAGAUCUCAAGAGAAAUACUAUAUACUCAGGCCGGAGACAUUCGAAAGCUAUUUUGUGCUAUGGCGUUUAACUCACGAUCAAAAGUAUCGUGAUUGGGGCUGGGAGGCCGUUUUGGCUUUAGAGAAACAUUGCCGGACGCCGCAUGGUUAUUGCGGAUUGCGUAAUGUCUAUCUGCAGGAGCCACAGAAGGAUGAUGUGCAGCAGAGUUUCUUCCUGGCCGAAACGCUCAAGUAUCUGUACUUGCUGUUCUCGGAUGAUUCCGUACUGCCGUUGGAUGAAUGGGUAUUCAAUACUGAGGCACAUCCGUUGCCCAUUAAGGGAGCCAAUAUAUAUUAUCGACAGGCACCCGUAACGUUGCCCGCUGCCGCUGGUGGGGCAGCUGCGUCGAAUGCCUCGUAAAAGGCUCUUCUUCCUCUAAUUGUCUGGAUGCUUCUUCUUGUCUUUUUUUCAUAGAGGAAUGCACUUGAAAUCACCUUAUAUAUAUAAAGAGAUAUUUUUUUUUUAAAACUUAGUUUUUAACUAGUUUAUAAUAAGAUAAUGUGUGACAACUACAUAAACUUGUAAUCUCUUUCUAUGUAACAUAUUUAUACACAACUAAAUUAAUGUUAGUCUCC